GGGUGAGGUUCCCCCCUCCUCUUAUGGUUUCAACCUAGGACGGAAACUUUGUGUAGACUAAAGUAGCAGCUUGCUAGAGUUGAACUUCACAGACGCUAGAGUCAUUUUCAGUCACUCUGGUUGCAUCAUGCUGAAACUAAUUAAAAAGAAAAUCUGGAUAUUUUAACUUAUCUACAUGGCUGUGAUGUGAAUUUGUCCCUUCAAUGAAGCUGAGUAAAUUUACUUAAAUUUAAGCACUUAGGUAUUAAAAAAAUACCAAACUUUUUUAAGUAUUAGAAAUCUGCUGUAGGUGGUGCAGUACCUUGCUCUGUCGAUAGAGGCCCCUCACGUGUUUCAAUUUCUGUUCAAAAUUCCCAAAAAAAAACAAAAAACAGCUGUUAAAGUCCCCUGGGCCAUGUUAUGCAAUUUUCACUGAAAUAACCUUGCAUGUGUUAGCAAUGACAAAAAGAAGUACUCUGAUCAUGAAAGUCAUACCACAGAGUGAAACACUCCAUCACAGAAAAUUAUACAUAAAUAUCAAAAAUGCCCCCACAUUUGUGUGAGAGUGUAUUAUGAGAAUAUAUUAUUAUUAUGUUGUGUAAUAGCUUAUGAGAGCGGCUCAUUCAAAAUACUGUUAGGUAGUUAUAUUAAUAAUAUAAAUGUGUCAUACUUUACCACAUGUUUUGAAUCCAAACCUACAAACCAACUAGUAAAGCUGUCACAUAAAUGUAGCACAGUAAAAAGGUAUAAUAUUACCCUCUGAAAUGUACUUCAAAAUUCUACUUGAGUAGUUCAUUUUUAGCCCUCAUGUACACCUGAAGAAAAACCAGUUCUAUGUGCAUUAUGUUCCCAUGCGAAUGCAGCAUUGUUUAUGUUGUUAUUAGUGUUAUUUAUGAAGACUUGUUCUCCGGUGUUGUAGAUGCUGCAGGGUAUGUGGCCAGAGGAAAAAACAAACAGCACCAGAGGACAUAUCUGAAAUGAUUUAGAGGUAGUUAAAACAUUAUGAAGUAGUUAACAAAAAGGUGGCAGGUGUGCUAAUGAAAAGAGGUGUGUAAGCACAUUCAGUCUUAGUACAUUAAUCGUGCCUCAUAUAGUCAAAGGGGAACAAUAUUUACAUAACACAAGCCCCAUGCUUACUCGUUGUUUUAUUCUUAAGCAAAUACACAUGUACAAUACAUGCAAGUAAACCUGUUCUUCCUUUGUCUUCUCCUGCGAUAGUCUGGCACGCAAGGUAAAUGUUUGUAGGAGGAGCUUGUAAUGAAUUACGCCUUCAGCUUCGCAGGUUUAGGUUGCUGCCUCUGUCCUCAGCGCUCACUUGUUGCCCAGGAACUUGUACCAUGCGUGAGGGCGAUGGGCCAUGGGACUCCUGAUAAUAUGAACUGGGCUGGACUACUGCAGAAUCUGCUGGUUGCGGUCCAUCUCCGACAGAUCUUAUGUGACUCUGUCUGGUUUUCUAUCCCAGAGGAACAAGAGCCUGGUAUUCUGGCUGGGUCACUUAGUAAACACUUUCCACCUCCAUACCAGCUCCUGACCCAGGAGUAUUUGUGGAUGGACAAAAACACGGGCAAUUUCUACACCACUGAACAAAAGAUGGAUCGUGAGACCCUCUGCCCCGAGGAGACAGGAGCUGAAGAAUGCAUUAUUCUACACAAUGCUAUCGUGGGGCCCUCAGGAGACCUUAUACAGUUUCCUGUGAUCAUAGAAGACAUCAAUGACAAUGCACCUCAUUUUGAAAACAGUGAAAUACACCUGAAAGUGUCUGAGGACGUAACUGUUGGGACUAGUUUCUUACUGGAUGACCAGGCUCAGGACAGGGAUGCUGGACAUAACGGCAAGCUGCAUUACCACCUGGAAGAUUCUGAUGGUGUUUUCAGAAUAAAAGUUGAGAAAGACGGGCCUGUCAUCAUGCUGGUUGUGCAAACAGCUCUGGAUAGGGAGACUCGGGACCUGUAUCACAUGGCGCUGGUGGCCACCGACCGCGGCUCAGACCCUUUAAGUGCUACAGCAACGUUAAUAGUCACAGUGACAGAUGUUAAUGACAACUGUCCAAGCUUUAGCUCUGACAGCGCCCGCAAUGUCACCAUCCCCGGAGACUCUAGGAAGAACAUGCUGGUUGCUCAGGUCAAAGCCACAGACCCAGAUUCAGGCCCGAAUGCUGCCAUCGUUUACUCCCUCAGUCCCAAAGUCUCUAAGCGCGCCAAGAAGCUUUUUAGCCUUGACAGUCUCACUGGGUACAUCAGACUAACACAGGACCUCCAGAGUGACAACUCAGAGGACCUACUGUUAAAAGUGUUAGCUAGCGGCCAUCACUGCCCCCCAGCAGACACUCAGGUAACCGUAUCUGUGCUCCCCAAGGCGAACCAAGAGCUGACGAUCAAGAUCGGGUUCAUAGCAGAGCAUCAAAACCAAACGAUGGUGUUACCAGAGAACCAGCCCCCUACCGUCUUAGCCGUUUUAGAGCUUGAGGGUGACAGCAGCUUUAAAGACACAUCUCUUGCCAUUGAGAACGAAGUGCCUUUCACUUUGAGUCCACAGAAUGGCAAAUAUCUGCUUUCCACAUCAAAGCCCCUAGACUAUGAGACGAAAAGUGAACAUCAUAUUUCAGUGGUAGCGCAUGCGAGAUCAGCAGAAGGCACUGUGAUCGCUCCUUCCAGGCGUGUGAUGAGAGUUAUGGUGUCAGAUGUCAAUGAUAAUGCGCCACAUUUCCUCCAGCCUCACUAUCAGCUGGAGGUGGAGGAAAACAACCAGCCAGGAAAGCCUCUGCUGCAGGUCUUGGCUUUAGAUGCAGACAGUGGAUCCAGUGGCAGAGUUACCUACAGGCUGGACAAACACACAUCUACCGUCUUUAACAUUGACCCUGUGACAGGUCAACUGUCUGUAUCAGCCUCUCUGGAUAGGGAACAGCAGGAUGUACACAAACUCACUGUGUUUGCAAGAGAUAGCGGCUCUCCUCCCUUGGAGUCAGUGGCCACUGUAUCUAUUCGUGUUCUGGACCAGAAUGACAAUGCACCUGUUUUCCUAACACCUCACUUUCUCUUUUUUAUUCCUGAGAGUGUACCACCAUUUGCCCAGGUGGGGGGACUAGGGGUGACAGACCCAGAUGAAGGGAAGAAUGGGAACACAGAGUUGCAUCUUGUAAACAGCAGCGGACCCUUUGUUGUGGAUAACACUCAGGGGACACUGCGAACCACUACCAACUUGGACCGCGAGACACAGGACCGCUAUGAACUCUACCUGCUGGCCAGCGAUCAUGGGCACCCAGUUUCUUUGACUUCCACUGCCAGGGUAACCAUCUUUGUGGAGGACAUCAAUGACAACCAGCCGAAAGUGAUCCUUCCAAGCAGCAACUCCUCAUGCCUGACGGUCUCUCCAGAAACCACUGAAGGCACCAUGGUAACAAAGAUCUAUGCCGUAGACGAGGACUCUGGGCUGAAUUCGGAGAUUACAUACACUGUUGUGGCACCAGAGCCAGUGCAAAAUAGCAGCCCCUUCCGGGUGGAUUCAAGAUCAGGGAAUAUCACCGUAGCUCAGCAACUUCUACAGCAGGACCUACGAAUGCAUCACCUGUUCAUUGUGGUCAGAGAUGGGGGGAAACCUGCUCCACUUUAUACCACUGUCUGGGUUAAUCUGUGGGUCAAUGAGAGCAUGGAGCCCUGCCACUUGGACAGGGCACCCACCUGGACAGGGACACCUGACUUGUUUCAAACCCCCUCAAAGGCCCCCAUCUGUGAGGUGGAGGACACCAGAUCUGCUCAGCUGAUACUGUUAGUAGGCCUUGGCAUGAUGCUGGCAUCCAUAUGCUUGCUCGUGGUGACAGCUGUUUUGUACCUGAAACAGAGGAGAGUAAGUCCACAACAGAACAAGAGGGUUGACAAUGCUGAAAAUGAGAUUCCACUCAGGCUCAUGGACAAAUAUUAUUCUGAUGACUAACAGAGAUGCAUGUAAUACUCACUCACAUUCUGUCAAGGAUGAAAUAACUCUGUGAAUUAAAGAUAUUUUGAAUUUUUGUCAAAUGCUCCUUGUAUUUGAAUAACAACAUUUGUUAAAUUAUUUGGAUACGCAGUUUACUCAAGCAUUUGUCAACAGCAAAACUGCACAAUUUUCGAAUUCAAGUGAUCCAUUUUCAGAUAAAGAUCGCUGCAAGUUACCAGGAAAGCAUUGAAAUGGUAUUCUG